AUGUCUUCCGGUGGCAAGUCUGGUGGCAAGUCUGGCUCUGAGACCAAGUCGACCUCGCUCCCCGUCGGUCGUAUCCACCGUCUCCUUAAGCGCGGCAACUACGCCCAGCGUAUCGGUUCCGGUGCCCCCGUCUACCUCGCUGCCGUCCUCGAGUACCUCGCCGCCGAGAUCCUCGAGCUCGCCGGUAACGCCGCCCGUGACAACAAGAAGUCGCGUAUCGUUCCCCGUCACCUUCAGCUCGCCGUCCGCAACGACGAGGAGCUGAACAAGCUCCUCGGCUCGGUCGUCAUCUCCCAGGGUGGUGUCCUCCCCAACAUUCUCUCCGAGCUCCUUCCUCCCAAGACCAACAAGAAGGCCGGCAAGGGCGCUCCUGGCUCCCAGGACGUUUAA